GAUAAAUUCAGCAUGUAGUGGGUCAUGCACGGUAUAGGGAUACAGGUGUUGAAAAUUUAGUUGCAUUGUAAGUUCAGUCAUUUAGCUGUUUAAAUGUAAAUUGCAGUGGUUUAUAGAGACUUCUAUUUAGUAUAGGCAAUGUUACUAUUUUGUCCCAAUUGUGCUAAUACUCUCAUCGUCGAAGAGGGGAAUUUGUUUCUGAGAUUUGGUUGUUUCACCUGCCCAUAUGUAUAUAACAUCAGACAUGUUACUGGUUCUCGUAUUUAUCCUCGGUUGAAGGUGAAGUUGGUUGACUUUCACAAUUUCUCCCCCACUUAUAAACUUGAAGUGGAUGAUGUUAUGGGAGGAGCUGCUGCAUGGGAGAAUGUAGAUUCAACAGAUGAGCGAUGUCCCAAAUGUUUCCAUACUCGAGCAUACUUCAUGCAAAUUCAGACACGAUCUGCUGACGAACCUAUGACUACAUUCUACAAGUGCUGUAACAUUGUAUGUGGACAUAAUUGGCGUGACUAGUUCAUAAGUUUGUUGCUUCUGGACAGAAGUAUUAGUUUUUCUGUUACUGUCAUCAAUUUUAAAGUCAUCCUAUGUCUUCCUUGAUAUCUGUGGCUGA